CGCCGAGCUCGUCGCAAGCCCGGCAUCAGGGUCCCAAACGAACAGAGUGACUUGUGACCCGGCUCUGAACUCUUUUCGAAAACACCUGAAGGAAAAAAGGACUUUGCAGUGAUAUUUUCCGUGCCUGGAUGAUCUUCUUCCAUCAAAAAUUGCAAUACGCCAACUCGCGCCCCGACCUCCGCCGACCUUCUACGAAGGGUGGUUCGGUCGCGCCGCCCUUAUUGAGUCCCCACCAUUCGCGACGGCUUUAGGUUUAGACAGCAUCGCGACGCCGCGCCGUCGAGGUCUUAUUAUUUUAUAUGCUUCCCCGUUUUCUUACCAAUCACCGAAAAUCAUAACUGAUGAUGAGUGCGAUAUGUUGAGUGCUCCAGGACCGUGACAGUGUCUUGUGUGCAGUGGAAAACGAACAUGUCGCGAAGAAAACAGGCUAGACCCAUUCGGCUUUUGGAAGAUGAAGAAAAUGCCGCCACCGCUGCCGCCAACGCUGCCGCCGUCGCUUCACCUAGUUUUCCUACUGCAACCGCUAUCGAUGGCCUUGAAGGCAACAACGGAGUCUUGCCCGAGGUGCUUAUGUGUCAACGUUGCCAAGAACAGUUCACAGAGCUGCCCGAGUAUUUAACGCACAAAGUCGAGUGUGACAAAAAGGCGAUUAAACAUGACGACCCCGGUGCGCAUUCCGACCCGGAAGAUAUGGUCGUGUCCGAAGAUGACGAGGACGAUGAAGAAAUCGGCGGUAAAAGGCUGGAGCGAAUGCGGCGCCACCGGCAAGACGCCGCAAACAAUAAUAGUGUCGACGAAAGUUCACCGGACGAGAAUCAACUCAGUUUUCCUUUCCCCGUACCUCCAGCCGCUCCCGGGCACGUUACUUUGGAAGCACUACAAAACACUAAAGUGGCGGUUGCGCAAUUUGCAGCUACAGCAAUGGCGAACAAUACUGACAACGAAACCGCCUUACAAGAACUCGCCGUUCUACAAUCCACUUUAUUCACCUUGCAGCAUCAACAAGUACUGCAGCUGCAGCUAAUAAAUCAGCUUCAACAUCAGCUGCAAAUAGACAGAAAUAAGGAUGAUGAACAGCAAAGCGGUUCACCUCCACCAUCGGAAAAUGAGGCACCUAAUUCACCAGAAGAAAUGCCUCAAUCCCCUCGACCUAAUAAAGAAACAAUAAUCGAACAAUCAUCAAUACCAGUGCCGCCACCUACAUCUGAAGUGCCCAUUAAAGCCAGUAGUAGUACUCCGUCACCACGAAUACAACCGGAAAUUAGUCAUGCAUCCAAUCUACCUCUUCAAAUUCAAUCUCCAAUGUGUUCCAUAUCAUCUUCUUUGGCAUCUACAAUAAUAACUCAUAGCAAUGACCCACCUUUACAAGAAGAACCAAAUACAUUGGAAAUGCUUCAAAAACGUGCCCAAGAAGUUUUAGAUAACGCAAGCCAAGGCCUACUAGCAACAAACUUAGCUGAUGAAUUAGCAUUUAGGAAAAGUAAAGGUUCAAUGUCUCCAUAUGACUCCAAAGGAAGAAACGAGCCAUUUUUCAAACAUCGCUGUAGAUAUUGUGGAAAAGUGUUCGGCUCCGAUUCGGCCUUACAAAUUCAUAUUCGUUCCCAUACCGGAGAACGUCCUUAUAAGUGCAAUGUGUGUGGUAGUAGAUUUACAACAAAAGGUAAUCUUAAAGUUCAUUUCCAAAGACAUAGUCAAAAAUUUCCGCAUAUCAAAAUGAAUCCAAAUCCAGUUCCUGAACAUUUAGAUAAAUAUCACCCUCCUUUAUUGGCGCAACUUGGUCAGCAACCUUCCUUAUCACCUGGCGGACCUCCACAUCCCCCCCAUUUAGGUUUUCCUGGAGCGCCUCCAUUUCCACCCACAUCUUUGCCUCUUUAUCGUCCCCCAAUUCCACCCCCACCAGAUUUAUUAAAUAGUAGACUUCAACCGACAUCUCUCACACCUCCUCAUAGAUUAUUCAAUCCUCAUCCGUUAUUUAUUAAACGUGAAGAACAAGAAGUUGCAGCUGAUUUGCGAAAGCCUCACAGAUCUCCUUCACCUAUACGUGAAAGUUGUCCAAUGAAAACUGAGUCAGAUACUGAGGAGCGUAAACAAGACAAUAAAAUGUCUGAAGUUACUCCAAAGCAAGAGCCAAAUGAUAUUGAAAUUGACCACGAUAUAACUGAGCCUGAGAGGUAUGGGUCUCCGAAUGCAUUUGAUGAUUGUAGCAAUGAUAGUCGAUUUAGUAAUGAAGAAGAUAUGAAUGGCCCUGAUGAUAAUAGAUCGGAAAUGCAAGACGAGCCAGAAAAUCUAUCUAGCAGAUCUAAUAUAAUGUCAACACCUUUAAGUAUUGCCACAGGACAAAGGUUGCCUGCAAAUUUUUCUUUUGGACAACAAAACUCGCCCCCUAGCAGUACUUCUUCUGGAAGUUUAGGACAUUUUCCCACCACACAACUACACGAUAUCACAAAAGAUCCUGCAAUUUACACUAAUUUACUGCCUAGGCCAGGAAGCAAUGAUAACUCUUGGGAAAGUUUAAUAGAAGUCACCAAAACCUCGGAAACUAGUAAACUUCAGCAACUUGUAGAUAAUAUUGAACACAAACUUUCUGAUCCAAAUCAAUGCGUGAUUUGUCAUAGAGUUUUAUCUUGUAAAAGUGCUUUGCAAAUGCACUAUAGAACCCAUACAGGAGAAAGGCCUUUCAAAUGCAAAAUAUGUGGCCGCGCAUUUACGACUAAAGGUAAUUUAAAAACUCAUAUGGGAGUGCACAGGGCCAAGCCACCAAUGCGAGUGCUCCACCAAUGUCCAGUUUGCCAUAAGAAGUUUACCAAUGCCUUAGUUCUACAGCAACAUAUCCGUCUACAUACAGGCGAACCUACUGAUCUCACACCCGAACAAAUUUCAGCUGCAGAAGUUAAAGACUUUCCAUCACCAGGUGCUUUUCCAAACAUGCAUCCAUUCCUAGGUCAAGGAUUUCCACUGCCCGGAUUAUCUCCAUUAGGACAUGGAAUGCCUUUUCAAAUGAAAUUUGACAAAGACGGAAGGUCGGAACAUGAAAGUAUGGAAGAUGACGAUGACGAUGAUGAUAACAUGAGUGCUAUUACCGAUAUUCAAAAUAUGCCACCUUUUUCUUCCUCUCCCUCGGGAAGCAACAACCAUAUCAAUCCUAACGUUUCGCAGUUUACAAAUAGUGACUUGAACUGUUCAACUGAAGACUUGAGCUGCAAUCGACCAAUGUCGCCACCCCCUAGUAUGCAGAACGGCGAAAAAUCUCCUAAUCGUUCAGUGACUAGUCCUGAGGGCAGCGAAAUUCAGUCGCCACAAAACCGGAUGACAACUACACCCGUCCAUAUGCCUAGGCCGCCUUCCUCGCAACAAGCCAGCAGUCCAGCACCGUCGGACUGCAAUUCAAUGGGGGCCUUAGAUUUGACGCCUAAACAAAAUCCGAAUCAACCGCUGCCCAGUGCGAGUCCUGGACCGAGUCCUGGACCUCCCCCGUCACUCUUUUCUGCUUUCGGACUUUUGCCCCAAGUUUCGCAAAACUCUUCGCCGCUCAUGACCUCAGCACUGUCGUCGUUAACCUCGUCUGUUCUCACUUCCACCUCGUUCAGCCCUUUGCGAUUGGCUGUUGGACCUGGAGCAAGUUUAGGGCGUGGUAACACUACCUGUAACCUUUGCUUCAAGACCUUUGCAUGCCAUUCAGCCUUGGAAAUCCACUACAGGAGUCACACAAAAGAGCGGCCAUUCAAAUGCACCGUCUGCGAUAGGGGGUUCUCGACAAAGGGUAACAUGAAACAGCACAUGUUGACUCAUAAAAUUCGCGACAUGCCACAGCACAUGUUUGAGAAUAAGACUCCGUCGCUGAGCGGCGACGAUUCUACACCGUUGCCUCCAAGUUUACCGCAAAGGGAACUCUCCAGCGAUGGGGAACUUCCCAAUCAUCUUCAUCAGCAGAAUCAACAACCACCGCUGCAACCUCUGCCACCCUCGGUUCCUCCACCUCAUCAGUUACCACCGAUGACGCAACCCUUGCAAGAACCCAAACAUGAACAAUCACAAAUUAAACGGGAACCUACUGAGACGGAGUUGCCGUUACCAAAACGUCCUCCAAGCUUGCAAUCAAGUAAACACUUGUGCCACGUGUGCAAUAAGAACUUUUCGUCGAGUUCGGCCCUGCAGAUUCACAUGCGAACGCACACGGGCGAUAAACCGUUCAGGUGCACCGUGUGCCAGAAGGCGUUCACCACCAAAGGGAACCUCAAGGUUCACAUGGGUACCCAUAUGUGGAGCAACGGGGCGUCGCGACGCGGUCGUCGCAUGUCGCUCGACCUGCCGCCCAUUCCCAUGACUCCCAAGGAUUCCGAAUUUCUGCAGCGGAGACCCGACCUCUUCUACCCGUACCUCCCGGCUCCGUUCCUUAACGGCAUGCAACAAAAAUUAAACGAGAUGUCGUCAGUGGGCCCAACGCAAAACGGUCUCGCACCCUCGGCGAAGUAUGGAGGUUUGCUGGGUUUCGGCUACCCUCCGCCAGAAAGCGUUCGUCCUCAACCGAAUUCGCCUGAACGGGCUCCGGAUCGACCGCCCAGCGAACCCGAACCCAGGCCGGGACUGUGGGAUUUGCAUUUCGAGCGAAAAGCCGCAGAAGCCCCUCGCGAAGACCUUUUGUCCGCUUCCAGAGAAGGACUGGCCGCUUGAGACUGGAUCUCGACGGCUCCAGUUUGCGCUGGAUCAAAAGGGGACUUUGUUCCUAUGAUGUUCGACUAGUCUUUAUCACGGCAAGGAAAUAUAAUAAUUAGCAUUUUUUGAUGAAAUCUUAGAGAAAGUAAUUAGGUAGAGUGGAAAAUUGUAUUUGCAUUUUUUCAUUAGGUACUUAUUAGUACCAAUUUUCGGGCACUUAUUUUUACAUUCCAUAAAAUUGGUUUUAUGAUUUUUGGUAUUCGUACUAUGAUCUCACCUCUAAAAAAAAAUAGAGCAUUAUUAAAACAUAUCCUAAAACAAGACUCCAUAUUGAAAAAAAUAAUCAAAGUAUUUAAUAUUGAAAAUAUGUAAUUUCAAUUAUGGAGAGAUUUUUCUUUAAAAAAAAAAAGAAUACCUCAAAAUCAUAUUUAUAAUUUCCUUGUCAAAAAAAAUAAUACGAUUGGGGCAAUGCAUACUGUGAUAUAUCAA